AUGUCUCAUACCCAUCCUCGACUCGACCCAUCCGUUGAAAGCAAGGAAGAGGUGUCCUUUAUUGGGCUAUCCUCACCAACCAACGACAAGGUGGAUUCCAGCCAGAGCAUCGCGGCAUCCUCUGGUGCCCUCCAAAACCUGACCUCGUACCUGAACGGCACGCUGGUCAACCUCUCUACCGCCUUCCAGGGAUCGAACGAAUAUAUUUCCGAGACCUUCGGCGUCCCCCCUGGCCUCGUGUAUAGCGGCCUCGCUGCUCUCGUUGCCCUGCCUCUCACCAUGUCGAGAUAUGGCUGGUCUCUCAGCCGCGAGCAGAGCUCUCCCUACAGCUCCAUGGCGGGCGGUGUCCCUGCCGUAAGAGACGAAGACUUUAGCUAUAUCACAUCGCAAGACCUGGAAGAUCACUCCUACCUCGGAACAAGACCCGGUGGUCCUCCGCCAGAGGAUGACGUACUACUUAUCAAAAACAAGGGUGUGACAUACCCUGCGCAUUUCCCGGCAUAUUCUAUCGGAGACGGAAAGCUACGUGUGAAGGAUGUGCGGGAGCGCGUCGGCCUCAUGAUGGAGUUGUCUCAGAGCGCAACUCGCCGCAUCAAGCUUCUUUACAAGGGCCGCCAGCUUAAAGAGCCGGCUGCCCCCGUGCGGGACUACGAGGUGAAAAAUAACAGCGAGUUGUUGGCUGUUCUUUCAGACAUUCAAGACGAGAGCAGCCCGUCCGAAGAGGAAAUGGUCAUUGUCAACGACAACCAGUCAGGCCGUCGCAAGAAGAAGCGAUCCAAGAAGAAGGGAGCCAAGGCCGGUGGUGACUCUGCCAGCAGUCCUCGUGAUAGCACAUCCAACGUCGAGGCUAGCUCACCUACUCCUGGUGCCGGCCCGAUGAAGAAGCUCGACGAGCUGUCCGAUGAAUUUACCAAGAACUGGCUCCCUCUUUGUGACAAAUUCAUUGCGUCGCCGCCAAGUGACCCCAAGAAGCGUGAGGAUGAGCACAGAAAGUAUUCCGAAUCGCUUCUGCAGAUUAUCUUACUGAAAUUGGAUGCUGUGGACACGGAAGGAAUCGCAGAAGUCAGAGCGAGAAGAAAGGCAUUGGUGAAGAAGGUUCAAGAAACACUGAAAGCUUUAGAUGCGGCAAAGGCCUCCUAG